GCAUGCGCGUGUUCACGGGCGUUAGAUGUGUUUUUUGAUACGCGAAAUACUUCCGCAAAAAUGUCGUGUACUGUGAAAUGUGCUACCUGUAAUAUUGUAAUUGAUGAGCUUCUGUCUUACAUACAGAACAAAAUAUCGAUAGCUGAUGAAGAAAGCUUAGUAAAAAUCUGUGCAUCAUCGUUUACAAGUGAACAAGUUCAAAAGUCACAUACGUUACUAUUUGAAUCAGUGUCUUCAGAGUUACGAAGAAUCGCACGUAAAGGAAAAGGAAAGGGAGAUCGUCUGUUGUACGACAUACUCAGCUUCUUCAAAGUCACUGAUCCUGAUAUGCUGCCUAUAUUUGUUGCUCGUGACCUUGAAAAACUGCCACCUAUCACCUGGGAUCAUUUGGACGUAUCUAAAGUCCUGAAAGACCUAUUGAUAGUACAGUCUGAAAUUAAAACAAUUAAAUCAUCGUAUGCAACUGUUAAGCAGCUAGAAGAAGUUAAAAAGGAGUGCUAUAAUUUAAAAACCGUUUCGCCACCAUUCUCUGCCGCUAAGAUUAACAUAAAAAGAGGUGCUUAUCGUGACAGCGGCCCUAUAGCUUUAUCGGUUAUGGAUGAGUCUACUAUAAGUAAUCAUGAAGAUGAAUCCAGUGGUGAAAUGUCUUCUACACGGGAUAAUAAUUUACAUUAUAGAAAUAUAAAUAUAAACACAAAUUAUCCGGAGGGUAGUAGUGAUACACUUAUCGAUGCAACGUUCCAUCAAACGUUUGAAACUGAAAAUAGCCGUGUAACCGACAAUACGAAACGCGAUGAGUCAUUGUUGACAUGUAACCGGCAGUCCACGCAGCGAACGGUCGGCAAAGUAGGUACAACACUUGUUGAAUCUUAUGCAGGUGCCGUAAGGUCUAAUAAUGAAUGGACAAUCGUCGAGAAGAAAAGAAAAAAAAAUAGACGCAUUGAAGGAAAAUUAGGGACAGUUGUAAUCGGAACAGAUGAGAUGUUUAGAGCUGCUGAGAGAAAAAUACCACUGUUUAUUACUAAUGUGCAUAAAAAUACGUCAGAAUCAGAUAUCGUUCGAUACAUUUGUAAGAUGACACAAGAAACAGUAGCAUUAGAGAAAAUAUCCAUUAAGCGUCAAUGUGAUUACAAUGCAUUCAAAUUCUUUGUAGCACAAAACAAAGUCUCGUUGUUUUUGGAUGAGAAUAUAUGGCCAGAAGGGAUAAUUUUUCGACGGUUUAUUAAUUUUAAACUAAAAAAAUCGACUGGAAACGCACAUAUUUCCAUUGACGGCAUUACACACCAAAAUUAUGGAUAGUGGGAUCUACAACUUUGUUACCUUCAAUUGUAAGAAUGUGAAGCGCUCUGUAGAAGGGAUACGGGAAUUAUGUAAAAGAUCGGAUAUCAUAGCCCUGCAAGAAACGUGGUUAUUGCCGAGUGACCUAUCAUAUUUG